AUGGAACGACAAUCAAGUUCUUCAAAGGCGACAGGGCAGAGUAAUAUAGCAACACCCGAAUCGCCUGCCACCAGCAAGCAUCACGACAAACGCCGAGAAUCGCUCGAUGGUCGCUCAGGAAGUAAACGAUCGAGAGACGAAUACGAUCGACACCGCAGCCAUCGACAUGAGAAGCGUAGGAAUUAUGGAGACGAGUCAAGUCGAUAUUCGCGCCAUGACUACGAUCGGUCACGACGGCGAUCUUAUUCGAGGCGGUCUAGUCGAGAAAGGAAGAGUAGCAGCAGGUCGUCUUAUCAUGACCAUGGCAGUAGCAGCAGCAGUAGUCGACGUAAUGACGAUAGAUACCAUCGUAGUAGUAGGCAUGAACGACGAAGAACUACCAAUGAUCAUGACCAACAACAACAACAACAGCCAUCAUCAUCAUCAUCAUCAUCACAUCAUCCACCUACCACAACGACAUCCUCUUCAUCCGUAACAGCAACAGCAGCAGCAGUACCACCACCUCCUCCUCCUCCACCACCACCUUCUUCUUCUUCUCAUCCACCUACGACUACUUCAUCACAAUCUUCUUCUCAACAACAACAACCAUUACCUCCCUCAGCCUCUGUUCCACAAUCUACUAUGGUUAUGCAAGUGCCAACUACGGAUCAAUCACUUUAUCAGCAACAAUGGAAUGAAUAUUAUGGUGGUAGCAAGGACAAUCAAUGGAACAAUGGGUGGUCUGAUUAUGAUUAUGCGGCCUAUUACAAUUCAUCCGAAGGAGCUGCUGCAGCUGCUGCCUAUUAUCAAUCGUAUUAUCAAGGCUACUAUGACAAGUCAUCCUCUGGCGUUGUACCUCCACCUCCAUCUUCAUCCAAUGAUUCUUCUUCUCAACAACAUGCAUUGCCUGUUCCACAACCACCUUCACAACCACCUUCUUCAUCGCCUUGGCCAAUGGAAGAUAACGGCACAAAGUCAAUACAGCGUCCACCCUCACCACCACCUGCAAAGAUCGAUCCACGUCAUUGGAAUGAUUCUAUGUCUAUGGGAGGAGUACCCGAUACCGUAUUGGAUGAUGUCGGUUAUCCAACAAAGACACCGGAUGACCCCGCCCUGUUGUUUGAAAAGAUUGGUCAAGUCGGCGAAGGCAAUUAUGGAAAGGUGUAUAAGGCACGUAAUGGUAAAACGGGGAACUUGAUUGCAUUGAAACGAAUCAGGAUGAAGAAUGACAAGGAUGGGUUUCCAAUCACCGCCAUGCGAGAAAUCAAAUUGCUGCAACGGUUAAAACAUGAACGUAUCGUGGAGCUUGAAGAGAUCAUGGUAGCCAAAGGAUCUGUAUAUAUGGUGCUCGAAUACAUGGAUCAUGAUCUCUCGGGUAUUCUCAGCCAUCCCAAUUUCAAGUUUGAACCGGCACAUGCCAAGUCUUUGGUCAAGCAAAUGCUUCAAGGUCUUGCAUUCUUACAUCAAAAGGGAAUCCUCCAUCGAGAUAUCAAAGGAUCCAACCUUUUGAUCAACAAGAAAGGUCAACUCAAGAUCGCUGAUUUUGGCCUAGCACGCGUAUUUCAGCGAAAUUCUGCGCAUGAUUAUACCAAUCGAGUUAUCACUUUGUGGUAUCGACCUCCCGAACUUUUGUUAGGCGCAACAGCUUACGGUCCUGCCGUUGAUAUUUGGAGUGGAGGUUGUAUCAUGAUUGAAUUUUUCGCUGGCAAGCCUGUUUUCAAUGGCGUGGAUGAAAUCACACAACUUGAUAUCAUUUACAAGACCAUGGGAACUCCUACCACGGAAACUUGGCCUUCAAUUACACAGUUGCCAUGGUACGAUCUGGUACGACCCAAGGAACAAUACCCAAACAAAUUCAGAGAACUUUAUGAAAAAACCAUGUCGCCUGGUGCGUUAGAGUUGUUAGAAGCCAUGCUCUCCAUGAACCCUGAGCAACGGCCGACAGCUGAACAAGCAUUGCAAUUUGAUUACUUUACCAAAGAGGAGCCAGAAGCCGUGAUGCCUGCAAAUCUUUUGGAUGUGAAUGGUGAUUGGCAUGAGUUUGAAUCCAAGCAACGUAAAAGACAAAAGGGAGCAACAGCAGCAGCAGCAGCAGCAGCACCUCCACCUCCUCCUCCAGCAAUCAACAAUGGUGCAAAGUCUCAAAAGCAAGCUGACACAAAGAUAUCCACAAAGCGUACGGCCGUCAAGAGCGGAUCACUGUAA